CAUGCUUUGGACUUCUUUAAUGAUUAUUGGGUUGGUUAUGUCGACCUUCUGCCUCCAUCUUGAAGUAUCUGGAGUCAGUAAAUCAAAGAGGAAUACUAGAUGUAGCACUCAUAAAAAGUACCGAGUUGACUGCUCGGGAAGGAAUUUAUCUCAUAUUCCGACGUUUCCUAAAUCAACAAAAACACUCAUCUUAGCGCAAAAUAAGAUAGAAUAUAUACAAGAAGGAAUCUUCUCUAGUCACAAUGAUCUUGAAGACUUGGAUUUUUCAUAUAACAUUCUUGCUAAACUGAUGCCUAAUUCUUUUAAAGGACUGAACAACUUAUUGCGCUUGAAUUUACAAUACAACCAACUCGGGAAAGACAAUCAAGAACUGCCAAAAGUAUGCUUUAAACACCUUAAAAAUCUACGACACCUGAACUUAAGGAAUAAUUCAUUUACUAUAUUCCCAGACAUAUCUUUGGUUCACAGUCUUGAAAUUUUAAAUGCAACUUUUACAAACGGGAUGACGUUCGGUCAGCAGUUAAAAGGACUACGAUUUCUGACCGAUUUGGAUUUAUCGUCUUCAUCAUGCCAGCUUAAAAAAAUUGAUAAUAACACUUUCCAAGGAAUCAAAACGUUACGUUAUUUAGAUGUGUCAAACAACAGCUUGUACAGCAUAUGGAAAGGGACAUUCGCACAUAUGCAACAUCUUCAUUUUUUGGACAUAUCUUAUAACACGCGGCUGGGAUUUCGAGGACUAGGAAAUGUAACCAAUGAUUUAUCAAACACAUCAAUUGAAAUUUUCAAAUUUCAAAAGUUAGUUCCGACAUUUUCCAUGAAUCAGAUUUUGAGGAUGGAGGAUUUUGCACCCCUUAGGCAUACCAAACUAAGAGAAAUAUAUGUUGACAGCAAUCGCAUUCAAUUAAUACAAACAGGGGCAAUAAGUCUGUUGCCAAAAACAAUACAAAAAAUUUCGAUUGGUGACAAUCAGCUUUCAUACGGACUAUAUAUGUUCGAGUUUCGACAGUUAUCAGCAACGAUUAUCAAUGUUUCAAAUACAGGUAUGUCUCACCCACCAGGUGAUGAAGAUUUCUGCAUGUCUGAUAUGAAAGAAACGGAUGUUGAACGAACUCUAUAUGAGUAUAAAAAUGUUGUAGGCGCACAACAGGUUUCAACAUGGUCUAGGAAAAUAAGGAUAUAUAACGCUGGUUUAAAAAUAAACUACUUUAGCACAAUUAAUCUACCUGAAAAUCUAACUGUUUUGUAUUACACGGCUAGUUCAACGAAGUUUGAGAUUCCAAAGCUUAGAUUCAGUUAUAAUGUACUGGAAAAGGUAGAUUUUUCCUUCAACGUUUUCUAUUCUUUGAAAGGUCCAAUACUCGGUUUGUAUAAUUUACAAGAGUUUAAUUUGUCAAACAAUUUCUGUUCGAACAUCUCUAACGUAUUUUUUACAGGAACUCCAAAUAUCAAGAGUCUUCUGCUCCAGAAUAAUUUGUUAGGAUUUGUUUUGCCAAAUGAUGAAAAAGGAGAGAUUUUCAAACAUUUGGAAAAACUAGAAAUCAUUGACUUGUCAGACAACAGAAUACCAAAAUUGCCAUAUUUGAUUUUUGAGUCUAUUCAAUCUAUAAAAGAAAUACAUUUAAAAAGAAAUGUGCUAGAAAACAUGCAAUUUAAAAUUGACCAUAUGAGAAAACUAACUCUGUUGGAUAUCUCAAACAAUAUGAUACGAUUUUUGGAUGAUGAUGCAACAGCCAAUCUUGAGACAGUUGCAAAAUACAGUACAAAUCUAACAGUAGACUUAAGCGAGAAUCCAAUUCAAUGUGUAUGUAGCAACAUUAACUUUAUAAGGUGGAUGGCAGCAACAGAGAUUCGUUUUAAAGGGUUAACAUCUUAUUCCUGUCAGCUGUCAAAUCUUACUAAAAUUUCUCUGGCACAUCCGAAAGACCUUGAACAAAUACUCGAAAAAGAAUGUUCUUCGUAUCUUAGUUUGAUAUUAGGUAUUUGUUUGGCGUUGGUUCUUUCCGUUUUAACGGUAACCACUGGCAUUGUAUAUAGAUAUCGAUGGAAGCUUAGAUAUCUUUACUUCAUGGCAAAAUUAAAAUAUAAAAAAACUCCGAGCAUAUUCAAAAACGAUCUUUCUUACGAUUUUGAUGUAUUUGUUUCAUAUGCUGACGAAGACCAGUUGUUUGUACAUAACAAAUUUAUUACACAUGUUGAAAGAGAUGGAGAGUUUCGGGUUUGCGCUCAUAAACGCGAUUUUCUUGUUGGAAAAGACAUCGCUGCCAACAUUACUGAUGCCAUACACAGGAGUCGUAAGACAGUUUGCAUCAUCAGUCACAAUUUCCUAAACUCGUACUGGUGCAUGUUUGAAUUUAACAUGGCGCGAAUGGAGAGUAUUUACUCACGAAAUGGAGAAAACAUUGUAUAUUUAAUCUUUCUUGAACAAAUUCCAACCAAGACUCUUCCUCUGAUUUUAUUGGAACUCGUACAAUCAAAAUCGUACAUAGAGUUUCCGAAUGACGAAUAUGGCGAUACAGUGUUUUGGGAGAAUUUGAAACAGGAAUUGUCAACUUGAAUAUUUCUCAAAAAGAAAAAUUGUUGGAAAUAGUUUUUUCAGUGUUUCUUUAAAUUUAAUUUGAAUUGGGGCUGUUUUGAAAAUUUGCUCAAAAGUGCAUUGAAGCACUAUUGGCACCGUACAUAAAACAUUAAAUAAAACAUCGUUCUGAAUUCGAAUUUCACAAUUAAAUUAAUUUUAUGAAAGGAAAUUUUAUUUUUCAAAGUCAAAUUGAAUAUGCGUGUCGCAAUUGUUUUAGUCAAAUAAGGAAAUUGAAUGAGAAAUCAAUUUGAAGAUUAACCUUGUUCUAUACAAAAUGUUUAACAGGUCACUUGUGCAUUUUUUUUUCCAACUGAUUUACAUAAGCUUCUAUCGUUGACGCAUGUCUGUAUUGUUCAAAACAAAAUGAAAGUUAAACCCAACAAUUUUACGCAGAUAAGGAAAUUAAAUGCUAAAUAGCUUUGAAAAUUAACAUGUUCUUGUAUGAAACUUUCAUGAGAUCAAGUGUUUACAUAUAUAUUAUGUCUUUUGUAUUUUUAUGGCUUCCUGUUCAUUGUUCAAAACAAAAGAAAGAUAAAAAAUCUGUGUAUAUAGCGAAAUUAAAUUCUAUAAACGUUUUGUUGCACGAAACUUUCAUUAGAUAGCGUUUAAAUAUGUUCCUGUACUUUUAUGUCAGUUUGUAUGUUUUACGGCUUUCUGUAUAUUGUAAAUUGUAUAUUGUUCAAAACAAGAUGAAAGUUUAACCCAACAAUUAUAUGUAGAUAAGGAAAUUGAAUGCUAAAUAAAUUUGAAAAUGAACCUGGUUCUAUACGAAAUAUUCAACAGGUCAUUUGUGUAAAGUGUAUACAUAUUGUGUAAUUUCUAAGGCUUGUUGUAUAUCGUUAAUAACAAAAUAAAAGUUAAACAAACUUUUCUAUGUAAAUAUUAGAUUAUUUCAAACUGAACAAAAAGACGCUACCUAAACGGGUCAUUUACAAUUGUCCUAUGCUUUGACUCGCAUUGUAUUUUUUUGUUGACUGACAUUGUGUGCAUCGAUUUUAGACUUCGUAGUCAGCUUCCAUUUUAUAUAAUGUGUCUUUACUUUGAAAGAUUCUUGACUAAUGCCAUGAAUUGUAUGGAAACCAAGUACAUAGAGGCGGAAGAUACGAAGGGGGCACAAAAAACUCAUAAUUCGAAGAGAAACUGGCGCCAUCGCACAAAAAAAGAAAAGAUUAACAAGUCGUCAAAACACAACAUAGAAAAGUAAAGAUUGAGCAACACGAACCCCAUCAAAAAUGGUGGCGUACUUUGGAAGUGUAAAAGGAUCCUGCUCCACAUUGUUAUGAUAUUGUAAUUAUUAUGUUUAUUAAGCUUGUCCUAAUUUGUUUUGUUUGGUCUUAUAGUUGUUUACAAAUAUUGUUAUAACUGUGAAGUUUAGAAAUCACUGGAACAAUCAUAGAUACUGGUGGAAUGAUUAGAACGUUCUAUUUGACUUACAUAAUGAUUCCAGAAUGAUCAUAAUCUAUGAUGUGUAAUGUUAACUUCUACCGUAUUCUAGAAGUUUCCGUUCUACAAUUUUCUAGGAGUUUCCCUUCUACAGUGCUCUAGAGGUUUCCGUAACAGCUAUAUAUACAGAAACUGAAAUGGGAGAGAUUAGACAUUAUCAUUCUCAGAAGUUCUCUGGAGUUGUUACAUUGACAUUUUUAUUUACGUACAUCAUACUAGAUUGUGACUUAUUGGACAUAAUAUUCUGUUUGGAUUCCCGUAACAGUGAAGAGAUGAAUUCCGGAUAAAGAAAAGACAAAGGACCGGACAUAUAUUUUAACAGUAAAUUUGACAUUUCAAUUUAUAUAAUAUUUCUUGUAAAAUUAAAUAAUAAAUCUUGUUAAAUUUUA